CCGGAACCGGAACCGACGCCGACGCCGGAACCGGAACCGGGAACGGGUUGCCAAGGGGCCCGGAGAGCCGAGAGCAGGGCUGGCGGCGGCGGCGGCCUCGGUCAUUUGUUCCUCACUGGAGAAUUUGGCCACAGAGAGUCGCCAAGAUAGCUGGGCCAGGAAGAAAACGUCGAACCCCUGACCCAGACUCCAUCACUGACCCCGGUGGAUUCUGGGUGUCAAGCAAGCGGCUCAAGAUGUCCGGAGGGGCUAGUGCUACAGGCCAACGAAGAUGCCCCCAGGGGCUGGAGGAUGCCACCAACAAGAAGAAACAGAAGGAUCGUGUGAACCAGGAGAGCAAGGAUGGGGAGCCCAAAAGAGUGCCUGCUCCAGGGUUGGAAACAUAUACCCUUAGAGAGGAGCAGGAAUUCAAGGAAGCUGAACUGCUACUAGAUUGGAAGCAAAAUGCAGAUGAAGUGAUUGUAAAGCUGCAUGUGGGGUCUGGGCCCUUGCGGAUAGAAGAGAUAGAUGCGGCCUUCACGGAUACAGACUGUGUGGUGCAGUUACCAGAUGGCCGGCAGUGGAGCUGCAUCUUCUAUGAGGAGAUUGAAAGUUCCUGCAGCAAGGUCCAGGCCCGAAAGGGUGGUGUCCUGCAGUUACUAUUGCAUAAGAAGAUUCCACUUCGGACCUGGCCCUCACUUCUGAAAAAGAAGUCUAUAAGCCAAGAUUUAGGACCUGGAUCCCAUUGCAAAGAAAAUGGACAAGAGCUGCCCCCCAGUCUUCUGGAACCCAGGUCUAGCCCAGAGCCUCAAAGAGGGAAGCAAGAGCCACGAAAUCAGAAACGAGCUCAGGGCCGCGGUGAAGCAGGCAUAGGAACAGGCCCUGGAGCUCAGGCGGGGCCCAGUGCCAAGCGGGCAGUGCACCUCCAGGGAGUUACUGAAGGGGAGGCCUCCAGGGGUACCCCAGGUCCCCGAGGUGAUGGUUCUCCCUCUUCAGCAGAAUCCACAGUUCAGCCUGUUUCAACAGAGCCUGAAGCAUCUAUUGGGGGGCCACAGCAGCAGUCCCUGAUGGCUCAUCAUACUGAAAAGUCUAGUCAAGAGGAAAAUCAGGACCCUUCUCUAGAGAAUACCCUGGAAGGGGAGAAGAUACCCCACCAGAAUGAGUUGGCCUGCCCAGCCCUCCCCCAGGGUAGAGAAGAGGACCAGAACAAGGAGGAGGCAGCGGCAGCAACUUUGGAAACUACAGCUGAGGAGCCAGAGCCCAUGGUGAACCUGACGUUUAUGAAGAAUGACUCCUAUGAGAAGGGUCCGGAUUCAGUGGUUGUGCAUGUGUAUGUAAAGGAGAUCUGCCGCAAGACUUCUCGAGUGCUGUUUCGUGAACAAGACUUCACCCUUGUUUUCCAGACCAGUGAUGUGAACUUUCUGCGGCUGCAUCCAGACUGUGGACCACAUACUAUCUUCCGAUGGCAGGUGAAGCUCAGGAACAUGAUUCAGCCAGAGCAGUGUGUGUAUCACUUCACAUCUUCACGAAUUGACAUCUGCCUCAGGAAACGACAGAGUCAGCGCUGGGGAGGUCUUGAGGCCCCUGCCACACGAGGUGCAGUGGGUGGUGCAAAGGUUGCCAUGCCGACAGGCCCAACCCCCCUGGAUGCAGCCCCACCUGGUGGUUCCCCUCUGGCCAGCCAGGAAGAAGCUCGAGUUGGGGAGAAGGAGAAGGUAAAGGCCCGGACUGAAGAAUCAGGACUGGACAGUGUGGCAGCCCGCACUCCCCCAGAGCACGUGGCCCUGAAGCCAGAGCCUCCCCUCACAUCACCAAAGCCCACCUGCAUGGUCCCCCCCAUGCCUCACAGCCCCAUGAGCAGUGAGAGUGUGGAAGAGGAGGAGGAAGAAGAGAAGAAGGUGUGCUUGCCUGGUUUCACAGGCCUCGUCAACUUGGGCAACACCUGCUUCAUGAAUAGUGUCAUCCAGUCCCUAUCUAAUACCCGAGAGCUUCGAGACUACUUCCAUGAUCGCUCAUUUGAGGCAGAGAUAAACUACAGCAAUCCUCUGGGCACAGGGGGACGACUGGCCAUUGGCUUUGCGGUGUUGUUGCGAGCACUGUGGAAGGGCACCCACCAUGCCUUUCAGCCCUCUAAGCUGAAGGCCAUUGUGGCGAGCAAGGCCAGCCAGUUCACUGGCUAUGCUCAGCAUGAUGCUCAGGAGUUCAUGGCCUUCCUGUUGGAUGGGUUGCAUGAGGACCUGAACCGAAUCCAGAACAAACCCUACACAGAGACUGUAGACUCUGAUGGACGUCCUGAUGAGGUGGUUGCUCAGGAGGCUUGGCAACGGCACAAAAUGAGGAACGACUCAUUCAUUGUGGAUCUGUUCCACGGACAGUACAAGUCAAAGCUUGUGUGCCCUGUGUGUUCCAAGGUCUCCAUCACUUUCGACCCAUUCCUGUACCUGCCUGUCCCUCUGCCUCAGAAGCAGAAAGUACUCACUGUGUACUACUUUGCCAAGGAGCCACAUAAGAAGCCUGUCAAGUUCCUGGUGAGCAUCAGCAAAGAGAACUCCAGUGCUAUGGAGGUGCUUGAUUCCCUGGCCCAAAGUGUUCACGUGAAGCCUGAGAGCCUUCGGCUAGCAGAGGUAAUUAAGAACCGAUUUCACCGUGUGUUCCUGCCAUCACACUCACUGGACACCGUCUCUCCCACUGAUCUGCUCCUUUGCUUUGAAGUGCUAUCCCCAGAGCUGGCCAAGGAGCGGGUGGUAGUCCUUCAAGUGCAGCAGCGCCCUCAGGUGCCCAGCAUCCCCAUUGCCAAGUGUGCUGCCUGCCAGAAGAAACAGCAGUCUGAGGACGAGAAAUUGAAGCGUUGUACCCGCUGUUACCGUGUUGGCUACUGCAACCAGGUUUGUCAGAAAACUCAUUGGCCAGAUCACAAAGGCCUGUGCCGCCCAGAAAAUAUUGGCUUCCCCUUCUUCAUCAGUGUCCCUGAGUCCCGCCUCACCUAUGCUCGCCUUGCCCAGCUACUGGAGGGCUAUGCUCGGUACUCAGUAAGCGUGUUCCAGCCACCCUUCCAGUUAGGUCGUGUAUCCCCAGAACAGAGCCCCCAGGUGCCAAGCAGCUCUACACCUCCUGUGCCCAGCACUUUGGAGGCUGGGGGUGGGGACCAGGACUUAAGACCUUCACCAGAAUCCCAAGUGUCCCCUACAGUGGCUGAGCUUGGUGACACAGGUGCCUCAAGGAACCGGGCACUCCCUGAUCGGGGUUCUGUGCCCAAUCUUGACACAGGCCUCUCAGAAUCUACAGUCAACAUGCCCAGUGAGGGGGGAUUUUCUAAGGAAUGUGCUGGGGAGAGGUUGCUCAGGCCUGAAGCUGCUGUCCCAGGCUACCAGCACCCAGCUGAGGUCCUGAGUGCCCAUCCACCUCCAUUUUUUAUCAACAAAAUUGAUGCCACCAACAAGGAACAAAAGCUGGAAGACAAAGGUGAAGCCCCCCUGGAGCUGGGUGAUGACUGCAGCCUGGCCUUGGUGUGGAAGAACAAUGAACGGUUGAAGGAGUUUGUGCUCGUUGGCUCCAAAGAGCUUGAGUGUGUGGAAGACCCUGGCUCGGCCAGUGAGGCAGCCAGGGCUGGCCACUUUACUCUGGAGCAGUGUCUCAAUCUCUUCACCAAGCCUGAGGUUCUAGCCCCAGAAGAAGCCUGCAAGUGUUUUGAGGGAAGGAGCUUUCUCUGGGCUGGACUGCCCAAGGAGCCACACACCUUCCACCCGUCCUUUCAUGAGUGCGUCCAGAGCCGCAGAUUGGCAGGGCGUCCUGAGGGACACCUGACCUGCUACAGACAGCCUU